CUAUGUACCAAAGCACGGAACAUCUGGAAGACUGCGCGGUGGCUCAGUGGUCUUGUCGAAAGGUCUGGCAUCGCAUCAAAGGUCAAGCUAGUCGAAGUUGACCUGACUGACAAGAUUACGUCUAUUUGGUCGUGGCCAACCGCGGGCACGAAGAGUGCUAGCUUGAAUGUAUGCGAUCCAGGAUAAUUACCGGUAUGCAUGUACUCAAGUGCAUGUUAUGUUGUCUGAACCAGGACGCUUAGGCGAUGUCGCUGAGACCUAAUCCUACACGCACUUGGUGUGCAAUUUGCUUCCAACCUGCUUGACAAGUCUACCUAUCCAUGCAUGCCAGUGGAAAAGCCAAGGUGUAUCUCCAUAUAUAGCUUUUGCAGUGACAGUCCGCUCUCCAUUCCCAAACUCCCAAACCCCUUCCCGACUCGCAUCGGCACCGACAGCAGCUGCAAGCCAGCCAGCCGCAAUCAACCGCAACCCAGGCUCAGCUGCAUCUCCAACAGCUCCUGCUGCAGUACAAGCAAGCAACAGAUGCCUUAUCUGCAGCAGCCACCAGCGCCUUUGCCACCAGCCCUGUCUCCCCCGCUGGAGGUCCAACGGAUGGCGGCGGCAGUGAGGUCGGCGCCCUUUCCGGCGCUACCGCGGCCUCACCCUUCUCAACCCGCACCGUGCCGGGCCUGCCGGCGCCAUCAGCUGCACCUUCAGCUGCUGCACCAGCUCCCAGCAGCUCGGCACCCACAGCAGCUACGACGCUGCAAGCCAUCCUGGCAUCUUCCGGAUACCCUUCGGCGGCAGCGUCGGCAGCGCCGCUCCUGCAGUUUGCGAUGCCGUCCUUUGCGAGCACCACCACGAGUGCUGAGUACGGCGGCGGCAACGGCGGCGGCGGUGCCGGCCGUGGAAGCGCAUUUGGGGCCAGCAGCGGCGGCGGUGCCAGCAUCACCAUUGGAGGUGGCGGUGGCGGUGGUGGAGGUGGAUACAUGAGUGGCGGCGGCAUGAGCGCCGGCUUGGGCGGCGGUGGGGGCAGCGGUGCGACGACGGCGGCGGCUACAACCGGACCACGUAAGGUCAAGGUGCUCCUGUCUUUCGGGGGUUGCUUCAGCUCCUGUCGCUCAACUGGGCACUGGGACUACACGGGCGGGGAGACGCGGCUUGUGGCGGUGGAACAGAGCCCCGAGUUUGCCGCCUUCAGGGACAGCGCCUUCGCUUGCUGCAAGGGGCGCGUACGGUCUCCAGACGAGGCCUCUCUGCGCUACGAGCUGCCGAGCUGCCCGGGAACCCUGGUGGACCUCCGUACAGACGCUGACGUGAUCAACAUGUGGGAGGAGCUGCAGGAUUUCACAACGGCCGCUGGAAAGCCGUCGUACAAGCUGCACCUCUACGUGGACCACCACAUGCUUCCCUCGGACGAGGGCAGUGGUGCAUCACAACACACGGAGAGCCCCGUUGGCGCCGUCGGCGGCGGCAGUGCCGGUAGCGGCGCUGGCGGAGGCGCGGGCAGCACCCCCGGCGGCGGUGCCAGCGGCGGCGCCACCGACGACGCAAAGGUGCGCAACCAAGGGCCGUUACUGACGUCAGGUGGGCAGCAACCGCCAGGUGCUGACGUCAGCGGCCAGCCGGCGGCGGCGGCGGCGGUGCCGUCACGGCCGGCGGCAACGACGACAGCUUCCGGUGUGGGCGCUGCUGUCGGCGGUCGUACGUCUGGCGGCGGGGGAGCUGUCAGCGGCGGUUAUGGGUACGGCCGUGGCGGCAGUGGCGGCGGCAGCAGCAGCUGGCUGUCGGGGUCGAGCACCAUCACACUCGACUUGACAGCACCGGCGGCGAUGCCCUCCCUCCCGCGGAGCGUGGUUUUGGAGCAGCUGAGCGGGCGAGUGGAGGUUGUGCGGCCGUCAGAGCUGACUAUCGUGCGUUUCCUGGGGUCGGGCGGCAACGGAGACGUCUUCCAGGCCAGGUGGCAUGGCACGGAUGUGUCUGUCAAGUGCCUGCACACGUCUCCUGGAGCCGACGAGGUCGCCGUUCUGGACGAGCUCCUCGCGCAGUCGCGUCUGCUAUGUCGGCUGCGGCACCCAAACAUCGCCUGCCUCUAUGCACUUGUCAUUCCCGACCACCUCAUCGCUCUAUGCAACGGAGUGGCGCCGCCAGCCGCAGCACCAGCCGCUGCACUGCCACCAACAGCGGCGGCGGAUCCCCGGUCUGCUCCCCCGGCGACCAGCACCGCCGCUGCAGCCAUGACAGCAACCGCCCCAACCGACGGCAACCCGGUCGAACAAACCUCCGCAUCUCCGCCACCAUCGCCGUCUUCCGUACCCUCCACCAUCCUGAUCAGCGAGUACGACAAAAGCAGCGGGUGUCACGACGGCGCGUCAUGGAACGGCAGCCGUACGGUGAGCGCCGCGCACAGCGUGGGCCUCAGCCGGGCCAGUACGCAUGCUGGCGUCGGGGGCGGCAGCAUGGGCAGCAACAGCAAUAGCAACAGCAGCGGCGGCAAUGGCGCGGUUCCGGCGCCGCCAUCGCCGUCACGAGGGUAUCCGGCAGCGCUCGAGCCAGCUAACAACCCAAACGUUGCUGCUGCUGCUGCUGGUGGUGUUGUUCCCGUUGCGGGCGAGUCAACAGCGUCGGCGCCAACCGUUCGCGACGACCUUACGGCUGGUGGCGGUGGCGUCCAGCCGCCACAACAGCCAGCGCAAUCCGCAUUUGCGGGGUUUGCCGGUCUGGGAGGCACGCCUUUCUUGUCUGCGUUCGGCGGUGGCUUCCGGGACGAGAAUGGCGAGGGCGGGUUCGGUACAGGCAGCACUCCCGGCACGGGUUGGGCUGCUGCUGCUGCUGGCGGUGCUGCUGCUGCUGCUGGUGGUGCUAGCGGUGAUCCGGAGAGCCCUGGCGGCUCUGGUGGCGGCAGUGGCGAGGAGGUCCACGGUGGCGACAAUCACGGCGGCCAAGGGGAAGAGGAAGAGGCGGCGCCUGCACCGUCGCUCCUGUUCCAUGGUCUGCAGCGCAGCGGGCGACUGCCCUCCAUAAAGGAGCUUCCGUCGCUAGGUGGGUCCACGGAUGAAGAGGCGCAGGCGCAUAGCAGCAGCUUCGGCGUCGGCGGCAGCGGCGGCGGCAGUGCCGGCGGUGACAGUGUCGGCGGCGGAAGCACCCCUAGCACGCCUGGCCGGAGCCCCAGAGGAGCCUUUCACCCGCCACCGCAGUCCCACCAACACGCGACGGGCUUGUCGGUGCGGUUCUCCCUGCCCUUCGAGAGCGUCAAAUCCGAGGGCGAAGAAGAAGUCGAUGACGAGGAAGACGUCGGUCGAGGCAGCGACCCACGGGUCGGUGCGGUAGUGGAGGAGGCCCAGGAGGCUGGGGUGAUGGCUGGCGACGGAUCUGACAGUAACGAUGCAGGUAGUUUUGGAAGCGGCGGCAAUGCCGCAGGCGAGAAGGAGGAUCAAGAAGUGGAAGGCAGCCAUGACCAUGCGGCCACUGCUGCCGGGACGGCGAGUCCCUGGCGGGCCCUAUUGGCGGCAGUGAUGGCAGCGGGGACUGGCGAUAACGGCAGAGGCGCUGACGCUGGUGAAGACCGUACCGCCGUACAGUUGCAGUACGACAGUGAGCUGUCAGAUUCAGGGGAGGAGUACGAGCGUUACGACAGCGCGGUGGGCUUCUUCAUGCCAAGUAAUGGUGGCGGUGGUGGUGGUGGUGCUGGCAACGGCGGCGGCAACAGGAGAAGGCGGCGGCGGCGGGGCAGUGUCGCGCUGUAUGGAAGCGGCGGCGGCGGAGGCGGCGGAGGCGACAGCAGCGGACACGGCUCAGACACGGAUGACUCGGAUAUCUUGUACGUCACGGCGCAUGGGGAUCUGGGUGACACGCUGUUUCAUACUGCGCGGGCGUCAAUCACGACAGAGGAGUACCUGUCAAUGAGCGGCUUCCGAGGCGCUGCCGGCGGCGCCGCGCCCCUCGGCAGCGGCGCAGCUGUCACCCCCGGACAUUCCGCCACCCGAGACGACGUCACGGCGUCGCCGUACCAGCAGCAGCAGCAGCAACCAGCGGCGGCGGCGGUACACAACGGAGCAUUGGGACGCCCAUCAUCCAGCUCACCCUCAUCCUCCUCCCCGUCCUUCUCAACCUAUGCUCGAGGUGGCGGCGGCGGAGCGGGAGGGAGCGUGACGGCCCGCAGCACUGGCGGCGGCGGCGGCACUACGACCGGCGGCACCUCCGGCAAGGCGACAACGCCAUCGGCAUCAGCACGAUCGCCCUCGCCGUCAGCACCGGCACCGGCAGGGCAGAUGGGAAUCCGGCCGCAGGUGGCGGCUGAUGCUCCCGCAGGACCCACAAACAGCGGCAGCGAUGACGUUAAUCCCUCCCAAGGUGUUGCGCGCCUUUCGCCAAGAGGUCAACAGCUGCCUGCUCCUGCUGUAGCAGAUGUUGAAGAUGUUGCCCCAAGGCACCUCUCACAGGCCCGAGCAUCCUCCCAUGUGCCGCCGCGGGCACACGUACCGGAACCCCCUCCGGCGGAGUCUGACGCUCCGGCCGUCCUAGCAGCGCCGGCGCCAACGCAGCAGCAGGCGCCCUCUUGGACGUCGCCCUUCGCGCCCCUCAGCCAACGCCAACUCACCAUGCGAGCCGCAUCCCUAGAGAGCCAGCUCUCCAUGUUACCCCCGCAGCUUCAGCCGCCGCCGCCCUCAGCGGUACCGCAGCCGGCGGCGGGGGCGGGGGCGGGGGCUGCAGGAAACGCCUCCGGUGCCGCAGCUGUGCCGCCGGCUGCGACACGCGGCGCUUCCGACGGCGCCGUCACGGCAAUGGGUGCCACAGGCAACGCGUUCGGCGGCAUUCCGGAGUUGCCCGUCGCGUCGCCGCGCCGUCAGCGUCAGAGCCCGGCUGGUGACGGUGCUGGCGGCGGCGGCGGUGAUGAUGAUGCCGUACGACCGGCCGGAGAUGUAGCCAACGAUGGUGCUGCUGUACAGCCGCUCCCGCUCUCAGUAGCCCAACUGCGGGAUCAACCACCACCGUCUGGGUUCCCGCACCACGAGCCGGCAGCCCCGCAAGGCGGCGCGUCGCAUGAGCCCGUUGCCCCGCCGGCGGCACCGCCCCCGCCGCCGCCCCCGCCUCCGCUGUCCCGGCGCUCUAGCUCCGCGCUGUUGCGUUCAGCGUCCGGCGCGCUGAUGCGGCGGCUGGGGCAGCAGCUGGCGGCGGCGCCGAGCGGCGUGGGCAGCCUGAGCGGUACGACGGGUGGCACGGAGGCGGCAGAGCAUGAGAACAGCAGGCUGAUCGCCUGCCACGCCAUACCCGGGCCGGCCCUAAUGUCCGAGUACCUAUCGGGGAACUCCAUUCGCUCGGCGCUGCGUCGGCGCUCCGAUGUGGUGAAGUCGGCUCUGGCGCGCAUCAAGGUUGCCUUGGACGCGGCUCAGGGCAUGGAGUACCUUCACUCGCGCGGCGUAGUGCAUUUGAACCUCAAGACCGGGAACCUGUUGGUGGGGUAUGCGGAGAAGCAGCCCGCAUGCAAGGUUUGCGACUUCGGUCUUCGACGUCCAACGCUUCUAGCGGCCACUGCACGUCCGGGCGGCCCCCCCAGCAGCGGCAGCGGCGGGAUAGACAGCGCACUGCUGGCUCGAAGCCUUCCCUGGACUGCCCCUGAGGUGCUGCGAUCCCCUCAGGCGGUUACAGAGAAGGCCGACGUGUACUCGUACGGCAUGAUCAUGUGGAGCCUGUGGACACGAGCGGAGCCGUGGGCUGGGGCCGACAUGCGGCUGCUGCUGAGCCGGGUGAUGUCGGGAGCCGAGCCGCGACCGCCGGUGCCGGGUGCGCCCGACUGGCCCCCUUCGGAGCCCUGUCCGCCCGAGCCCGCCCCCGGCUGGUCGGCCCUGAUGACUCGCUGCUGGUCCGCCGACCCGGCCAGCCGCCCGGGCUUCACGGAGGUGCUGCAGCGCAUGCGGGCGAUGUUUACGGAAGUCAAGAGCCAGAGGCGAGCCGUGAGAGCAACGGCGGCGAUGGCGGCAACUGCAGGGCAAGAGGGCGCUGGUGGCGAUGGCGGUGAUGGGGCCUGAUUGGUGGAGGCGGCAGCCGCAGCAGGGGCACCUGUUUGGGAGUGCCGGUUGCCUUCCUCGGGAAUGGCAGCACAUGAUGAUUGGGGCGGCAGGCAGCAGGGGGGCCGCAGCAGGGGGGCCGCGCUUGGGCCGCAGCAGGGGGGCCGCUUGCGUUCAUCGGGAAUGGUAUGCUUGCAGGGCGCCUCAUUUCAGGGUGGUGAUGGGCGGGUUUGAAACAUACACCUAGUCCUGAAGGCCCUGAAGGUUUCCUGUUGAAAGCUGCAGUAGAAUAUGCUGUGGCAAUUAGGAGCAGUUCAUUCGGGGUAGCUCUUAAUGUUUUGUGCGCCUGUGUAACUUCGAAUAGUGUGUUUUGGGACGAAAAGAGAAAAACAUAUGGAGGUAACCAACGAAGGGAAGUUGGACCAUCACCGAAAAGGAUUCUGCAUACUUGUGACGGGGCCAAAACGCGUUUGCGCGGCAGAGCCACAAUUGUUGAGUUGCAGUAGUCCUGGUAUCCAAGGAUCUGAGGAGGCGGACGGAGGUGUGGCCUGCCUAGGUGACCUGUUUCUGUGGACUUCAUGAACCACGGUGAAACCAGCCUUUAGGUGUAGAUUGAUUUACCUCUGGAUCUUAUCCUGUACCUCCAAAGUAUCUGCCUUGCAGCGGGUUGGCUGCCCUUGUGCUGUUUGGGCGGGGGGGUUUGUGGCCGAUGGUCGGCCUUGCCG